AUGUUGCCUCAUCAUUUUGGUCCCGCGAUAUUGGCUUUGGCUGGUAUCAUAAGUGGUGCAUCCAGCUUGCAGACUUACCCCAUACCUGAUGAGGUUAAACAGUCAACCUCUUACACAAUCAACGUGCGCAAGCCAGACGGAGAGUGGCAACCGGUGUCUACAUAUCUCGUGAACCUCCAUGAGAUCAACAUCACGACCGGAUCUGCGAUGGUCCACCCCAGCUCUCUGGCCAUGUUCGAUUUUGAUGAUGACGUGGAAAUUUCAGUCACAUACAAUUCUGGAGACAUCACGAUUCCUCGCAUUCGGCCAGACUCUUAUGGUAUCAUUCCGAACCGUCAAGGAAACUCGCUGAGCUUCAAUUUGACCAAGCCUACGGAUAUCCUGAUUCAAACCACCAACUCAGUCUUUGAUGUUCUGCACAUAAUCACCAACCGCAUUCUCAAAGGCCUCCCGUCCAAAGAUGAUCCAAACAUCAUUUACUACGGCCCUGGCUAUCACACGCUGAGCUCGACUCUCAAUAUCACCUCCGGCCAAACCCUCUAUUUAGAGGCAGGCGCAGUCCUGAAUGCCGCUGUUUCACUUGAUAACGUCACGUCAGCAUCCAUCCGCGGUCACGGAAUCCUGUACCGCACACCUGUGGGAGCCAUAUCGGCACAGUGGUCGAAAAACAUCACCAUCGAUUCCAUCACCGUCCUCAAUCCGACUCACUACACUUUCAACGCUGCUGAAGCAGAAGACGUGACCAUUCGCAAACUUCGCUCUUUCAGUGCAACUCAGUGGGGCGAUGGCAUUGAUCUAUACAGUAGCAAGAACGUCCUUAUUGACGGAGUCUUUAUGAGAAAUUCGGACGACUGUAUCGCGCUGUACAAUCAUCGCAAUGACUGGUACGGCGACAGCACCAAUAUCACCAUCCAGAACGCAGCUUUAUGGGCAGAUGUGGCACAUCCUAUCAACAUUGGCACCCAUGGUAACUCUAUCAACCCCGAGACCAUGUCAGACAUCACCAUCCGUGACAUCGACAUCAUGGACCACCGCGAAUUCCAGAUGGGAUACCAGGGCGCGAUCGCGAUCAACCCAGGGGACAGCAACCUCAUCAAAGACGUUCUUAUUGAAAAUGUUCGUGUUGAGGAUUUCAGAAUGGGCCAGGUCAUCACCAUGAUGGUGAUGUACAACCAGAAGUACAAUACAUCACCUGGCCGAGGCAUCUCCAAUGUUACUAUCAGGGAUCUGGUGUACUCUGGAGAGAAUGCAAAUACGGCUAUAAUGACUGGUUUUAAUGAAACUCGUGGGGUUGAGUUCGUAAGGUUCGAGAACCUUGUCAUCAACGGAUUGAGAGUCAGUGAUAGCAUGAAGAAGCCCGGUUGGUACAUGACUGCCGACUUUGUACCCAUGUAUAAUUUUGGCAUAAUGGGAGCACCCACAACUUCCCGUUCCAGCUCACCGACGCUCAGUGUCCAGCCAUUCACUCCGUCUACAGACGUCUCUCACUGCUUCGUGGCCAUCUGCUUUGGUCAGCGGAAGGUCCUCAUUCAGAGGCCGGAAACCUGGCACGACCUUCAGCAAACCGUUUGCAGACUGCUUGAUAUAAAAGAUUCACAAAUAUUUCGUCUAUACAUCAGAUGGAAAGAUACGGAGGUCGAGCUUGUGAAGGACUCCUUUGAGGUGUUGAGUGAAGGCCAUGCCAUUUGGGUUCGAUUCCCAGAAAAGGUUCUCAUUCACAUAGUAGACGCCCGAGGUAAGUGGCUUCUGCUAUCCGAUGACAACAUGUCUCACUUCUCAUUUGUAGGUGACAAAUUUGUGAUUGACAGUUGGGAACCAUUUGGUGGGCUUCUUUAUCGGUAUGGAAAUAUGCGAAAUUGCAAGCCUGGUACCUUCAUUCUCACGCAUGACGACAAAACAAUCCGAAGUUUUGAUACGGUCGAGUCUUUGGGGUUGCCUUGUGGCAUGAUUGAGCUUAAGAGGAAAGACACAAAUUACAAUCUCACGAUGUAA